AUGAAACACUGGAAAAUGCAGUUCGAUGUGGCUGGAAGCACUGAUAAAAUAGACUGCUUUGAUUUUGAAAUGACUAUCGAUAACGUAUCGAAACUCGAUGCUGCAAACAGUCCACCUUUUACAACGACUCGAGUUUGCAAAACAACUUGGCAAGUUCUCGUAGAAGUAGAAACGGUAGCCAAAAAAAUGAGAGUUGGUUUGAAAAGAACAGAUUCUAGCAUCUGUGACAUCAAAGCCACCAUGUUUUUUGAGAUUCAAAAUGACAGAAAGGAAAUAUAUUGGCGAGAUUCGAUAGAACAGGUCUACAAUUCUAAAUGCACGAAAUAUUGCUACGGGGACUACUUAGACAUGCCCAAUUGUCAACACAGUGUACCUGGAAUAAACGGCGGCAGGCCAUUUAAGUUGUCGACCGACAAAAUCAUAAUGAAAGGUAAUGUUCUAGUAAAAGCAAAGGUCAGCAUCAGUGUUAAAAAGCAGCCCCAUGUACUUCUAAACGAAUGCCUAGAUGAUUUAAAAUGUGAUUACAAGAAUUUAUAUUACAAUCCCAAGUUUUACGAUAUUGAGUUUCGAUUCGCUAAUGGAAAACUGCUUGCCCAUAAGAACAUACUUAUUUCAAGAUCGAGUGUUUUUGAAAAAACCUUUGAGCAAAAUUACAUCCAGAAUGUUAUCGACGUUGCUAACGUCGACAAAUCAGUGUUUGAUAUCUUUUUGCUUUUCCUUUACUCUGGCGACGUCGAAAUUAAAAAUACAGAUCUCAUCAUGCCACUCUAUGAGCUAGCAUACAAAUACGAAGUGCAUAAACUUUCCAAGAUUUGUUCAACUCUUUUGGCGUCGGACAUUAAAGUGAAAACAGCGACUCGUAUCUUGGAAAUGGCAAAUACACAUGAGGACACUGAUUUGGAAGAAGCAGUUAUUGGUUUCGUGUGCAAAAAUUUUCCAGAAGUAUCUCAAACUGAUGAUUGGAACGCACUUUUAAGUUCUAAUCCUUGUUUUGCUUCCAUGGUUUUAAAAAAAGUUUCAAAGAGUCUGGGAAAAUGUAAAUCAGAACCAAUCGUAAUAAUUGUCUAA